ACGCGCUAGAGACGUGACGGUUACAGUUGAAGUUGGGGCGUGGGAAUUAGUCCCUUUCCCACUCCCAUCACAUUCUCGCACGCCGGCGAUCAAAAGACGAGCUCAUUGUAUCUUCCUACUGUCACAUUCAUCCGGCCCAUACGCAGCCACAUCUGCUCUUGCUUCCCACUCUCACUCGGUCGUCGACGCGAUGGCGCCUGGGAGUUUCAUUAAGUACUCCGCCACGAUCGUCUACGAGCAUGAGCGGGCGAAGGAACUGUUCGCAUUGGACAAGUCCGAGUUGCGGAACGAAAUCUGCAAGAGUUUCGACAAACUGAGGCUACCACACCCGUCAUGGCAUAAUCUAUGCGAUCCAGAACCAGAAAAGGACAGAAUCAAGAUGUACUUCUACACCGAAAGCGAGAACACGACCCUUUCCAUGAUGGUGACGCGAGCAUUUGAGACGGAAUACGAUACACCGCAAUUCAUUACUUUACGAGAGAUCUUCAAAAUACGCGAGAUGCGCGUGCGCCAAAGGACUAUCUCAGAAUCUGAGCUGCCUCAAAAGGACCGGUCCAGAAUGACGGCAAAGACGGCGAGCACGGCUCCACCACCGAAGUUCAAGAAGCCGACUGCGCCCAAAGACCAUAAUGACCGUCCACCCGAGAACAGGCCGCUCAAGGUAGAACCCGGUCCUCAUUCUCUCCCGCGUGACGGAGGGCGCAGCUUCGUCAAGUACGUUGUCACGGUCGUCUUCGAUCGAGAAAAAGCCGCGCAGCUGCCCAACAAGCGCGCCUCCGACCUGCAUGGCGAGCUCUGCAAGGCGUUCGAGCUCUUAAGGCUCCCAUAUCCAUCCGGGCAGAAUAUGGAGCAACCCAACGUUCGCCGGGGCAGCAUCACGGUAUGGUGGUACACGCAAAGCAAGUACACGAUACUUGGAAGACAGGUUCAUAACGCGCUCAUCAAGUUCUACAAAUUACCGGAAAACAGAGAGAUACGGAAGUCGUGGGGGAUGUAAGUGUUUGUCGAUCGUACGCUGACCAAACUGUGCCACGUCUUCCACGUCCCAUCGCUCUGACUAUGUCGCCGCGUUCUCUGACAUUUCUUGCAGAGAAGACAUGCUCGUGGACGAAGAAGAAGUGUCG